CUCGCAUGUCCCGGGAGCUGCCUCCCGCCGCACCGAGGCCUCGCGGGUCGGGCGCGGGGGUCCGCGCCGCCUCGGCUUAGGUGGGAGCGAGGCCGAUCCCGCCCGGCCGGGGUUGGCUUAACGCGGGGGUGUCCACGAACCCGAGACCUUGAACCAAAGCGGAACGCUCUGAAAAGUGAAAGUAGUCAUUUUAGAGCGAGGCGUAGGACACUCCUUUAAGACUAGCUAUGGGACGCCUUGUAUUUGUCCAGUGCCAGGGAUGAAAAAUGAUUGAGGCCCUUUCUUGCCUUCAGGGAACCUGGUAGUCGGAGACACAUUGACCCUCAGUCCUCUGGGAGGGAGUGUGAAGAUGCUUAAAGAGCGUCCAGGGAUGGCGGAAGAGCCUCAGCAGCAGAUGGGUGUUCCUGUGGUAAAACUGGAGAAGGAGUUGCCAUGGGGCAGGGGAAGGGAGGACCCUAGUCCUGAGACUUUCCGUCUGAGGUUUCGGCAGUUCCGCUACCAGGAGGCAGCUGGUCCCCAGGAAGCCCUCAGGGAACUCCAGGAGCUCUGUCGUCGGUGGCUGAGGCCCGAGCUGCACACCAAGGAGCAGAUCCUGGAGCUGCUGGUGCUGGAGCAGUUCCUGACCAUCCUGCCCCGCGAGUUCUACGCCUGGAUUCGGGAGCAUGGCCUGGAGAGUGGCAAAGCCCUGGUGGCCCUGGUGGAGGAUUUCACAGAGAGAGCGUUGGAGGCCAAGGCGGUUGCAUGCCACGUGCAAGGAGAACAAGAGGAGACAGCACUCUGCAGAGGCCCUUGGGAAACAGGUGUCCACCUGGGGCCAGUGGAGGUCAAGCCCGAGUGGGGGAUGCCCCAUGGGGAAGGAGUUCAAGGCCUCAACCAAGGCACCAAGGAGCAGCUCAGUCAGGAUCCUGGAGAUGGGACGCGGGCCUUCCAGGAGCAGGCUUUCCCAAUUCUUCAGUCUGGUCCUGGCCUUCCCACAGUGAACACCAGAGACCAAGAGAUGGCAGCUGGGUUCCUUACAGCUGGAUCCCAGGGGUUGGGGCCAUUUAAGGAUAUGGCCCUGGCCUUCCCCGAGGAGGAGUGGAGGCACGUGACCCCAGCCCAGAUAGACUGCUUUGGGGAAUACGUGGAACCUCAGGACUGCGGGGUCUCACCUCCAGGCAUUGGGAGCAAGGAAAAGGAGGAAAAAACCCAGCAGGCAGACCUCAAGGGGGCGCUUGCUCGGGUGACGUCAGAGAGGUUUGGGGAAGCCGCUCUCCAGAGCCCUGAGCUUGGAAGAAUCUGUGAGCAGGAGCCCGGUAGCUCUGUGGGAAACGUGCCAGGGCCUCCUCCUCCCCAGCAUGGCGUCAUACCCCUGCCUGAUGACCUCAAGACGCACAGCUCCUUCUGGAAGCCUUUUCAGUGCCCCGAGUGUGGAAAAGGCUUCAGUCGGAGCUCAAAUCUUGUCAGACACCAGCGCACCCACGAAGAAGAGAAAUCCUAUGGCUGCGUUGAGUGUGGGAAAGGGUUCACUCUGAGAGAGUACCUCAUGAAGCACCAGAGAACCCACCUGGGAAAGAGACCCUAUGUGUGCAGCGAGUGCUGGAAGACCUUCAGUCAGAGGCACCACCUCGAGGUCCACCAGAGGAGUCACACGGGGGAGAAGCCCUACAAAUGUGGUGAAUGCUGGAAAAGCUUCAGCCGGAGACAGCAUCUUCAGGUGCAUCGGAGAACUCACACUGGGGAAAAGCCCUACACCUGCGAGUGUGGCAAAAGCUUCAGCAGGAACGCCAACCUGGCCGUGCACCGGCGAGCCCACACCGGGGAGAAGCCGUAUGGGUGCCAGGUGUGUGGGAAACGGUUCAGUAAAGGGGAGCGGCUGGUCAGACACCAGAGGAUCCACACCGGAGAGAAGCCCUACCACUGCCCUGCCUGUGGGAGGAGCUUCAACCAGAGGUCCAUCCUUAAUCGGCAUCAGAAAACUCAGCAUCGCCAGGAGGCUCUGCUGCAGUAAGGACGCCCUGCAGAAAUGCUCCUUUUUUGCUAAUGGAAGGUGUGGAGAAGGUGGGACCUUCCAGGACCCCUAAGUGGAGGGAGACCUCGUUGGAGAAUGCAUUCAUCUUUAUUCACUGAAGUGCUUUGGGGGCGCAUUGAGGAAUGAUGGGGUGCAGAAAGGCACUUCGACCCAUCUUCUUUCCACUCAUUCUCAAACAGGAAAAGGGCAAGGCCUGGUAUAUUCUGAGUUUCCAGAGAGCACAGCUCCUCACGUCUCUUAUCCAAAUGGUGCUAACAAUUUUUCUUACCGUCUUUUGGGGAAACGAUAUCCCGAGUUUCAGUUCAGGUUGAGGUUUU